GGAAACCACGGCAAAAAGAACGAUGACAGGGUGAAGCGUCCCAUGAAUGCUUUUAUGGUGUGGUCUCGAGGACAGCGAAGAAAAAUGGCUCAAGAAAACCCAAAAAUGCACAAUUCGGAAAUUUCAAAAAGACUGGGGACCGAAUGGAAACUGCUGACCGAUUCCGAAAAAAGACCAUUCAUUGACGAAGCGAAAAGGUUGCGAGCUAUUCAUUUGAAGGAGCACCCUGAUUACAAAUACAGACCCAGACGCAAAACCAAACCAGCAUUUCGUAAAGAC